GUAUUCCCUGAAAAAAAAAAACAAAAACGCACCCUUUCAAAGGCUUCUCCUUGUCUCUCUCUCUCCUCAGUUAUCACCGCACUCAAGAAUGGCUUCCUCUGUUCUCCUCUCCAGCUCCCCCUCUCCCUUCCUCCCCUACGGCCGGUGUCACGGCCGCCACGGCCCAACCCCCUCCGCCCGGGCUCCCUCUUCCCUCUGCUCCCCCAAACCCCUGCAAAGCCCCGACCUUUGGAUGAUUUCGCUGACUCCCAACCCUUCGACGUUUCUUCGGUUUGUUGGUAGAAUUCGCACCAGAGGCACGUCGAUUGGAGAGCCAGAGACUAAGGAUGCGGCCUCUGACGAAGCUCCAAUUGGCGAGGAUUCUGCAGUGUUUGAAAUGGGGAAGCAAAAGAUCUCUUCUUGGGUCUACUUCACAGGGAUUCUGGGAGUUGUGCUCUUCGCUCUGAAUGUCUUGUGGAUCGAUCCUUCCACCGGGUUUGGGACGGCUUUCGUUAAUGCCGUUUCGGAGCUUUCGGACAGCCACGAGGUCAUAAUGUCGAUCCUUAUUAUUAUUUUUGCUACUGUUCAUAGUGGUAUGGCAAGUCUUCGUGAUGCUGGUGAGAAACUCAUGGGUGAGAGAGCUUACCGUGUUUUGUUUGCAGGAAUCUCACUCCCUUCAGCAGUUAGUACUAUUGCUUACUUCAUCAAUCACCGAUAUGAUGGUAUUCAGCUAUGGCAAGUCCAGAGUGUCUCUGGAAUCCAUGAGCUUGUGUGGGUUUCAUCCUUCAUCUCCUUCUUCUUUCUCUAUCCAUCCACCUUCAAUCUAUUAGAAGUUGCAGCUGUUGAUAAGCCAAAAAUGCAUCUAUGGGAAACUGGAAUCAUGAGAAUCACCAGACAUCCACAGAUGGUUGGGCAGGUAAUCUGGUGCUUAGCUCACACUCUCUGGAUUGGUAACUCAGUAGCAGUGGCUGCCUCAGUUGGCUUGAUUGCUCACCAUUUGUUUGGUGUUUGGAAUGGCGAUAGAAGGCUGGCGUCACGAUAUGGUCGAGCUUUUGAAGUUUUAAGGAGCAGAACAAGUGUAAUUCCUUUUGCAGCAAUUCUUGAUGGACGUCAAAAGUUGCCCAAAGAUUAUUACAAGGAAUUUAUUCGAUUGCCCUAUUUAACAAUCACAUUCUUGACACUUGGUGCAUACUUUGCACACCCACUAAUGCAAUCAUCCAGCUUUCAACUUCACUGGUAGUAUGUCUUUUGCUGAUAUUGUGUAUAGACUACAUUACUCUAUUCAACAUAUAUGUGAUAUUAAAGCCACUUGGACUUGUUGGUAUGGUAAAAAUGAGCAAAGGUAUGUUCAAAGAAAUACUUAAAUUGGAUCAAGAUCUCUACGAUAAAGAAUUUUGCAGGAGGGUGUUCUUUUCA